UACAGACAGAUAAGGGGCGUGUUAUUGGCUCUACACAGACAGUAAUCUACAUCUACAGCAAAACAGCAUUGAAGACAGGGGCUUCUAGCUUAAAAGGUGUAAAUUAAGAACUGCAGACAACAGCAUCCAAACACGUAUAUAUAUAUUUGUCUGGAAACAGAUGGCGUCAACACCCAAGAGGAGGAAGAGAAGCAAAGGAGCCUCGGCCAAUACCAGCGAUGGCCAUCAGAUUCCCCCCACUGCAGGAAUGCCGCAAGGAGACCAGGAAGAAAUGAUACGGUCCUGUAUGGCUUCAAUCCUACCAUCUAUUGAGGACUCUUUUAGGCGUUAUAUGGCUGACUAUCAUAGCAGAAGUAGCCAGACGCAGACCAAUCCUUCUACCAUCGUAGCACAGCUUGGACAGCCCCAGUCAGCGGCGUCUGAUUCAGUCCCUUCUGAGACCGUGCCAACCAACCCUCCACUGUUCCAGGAAAUUACCGCACAAGGUAACCCUUUGCCUGAACAAGCUAAAGAGGGGGACUCACACCCUGCAACAGGCCUAACAUUGGGGGUAGACAUUAAAAUAAGGGCCAAAAUCCAUGCCAACGAAUUCGUUAAAUUUGCUACCCUAUUGCCCAAUGACCUUGAUUAUGAAGAAACUGAAAAGUAUAAGUCAGUAGAUAAAGAUGGUCAGUUAAUCUUCGUUAAGACAAAUGAAAAAGGUUCAUUGAAAACAAUCAACAAGUGGAUCGAGGCCUUCCACAUAUUUGUAGCCAUUUAUGCGGAGAAAUUCCCCCAUGAAAUUGGUAAACUGAUGACCUACGCACACACUGUGCAAAAAAUCGCCGACUCUUGUGGGGAUCGAGCGGCCUUACUGUAUGACGAAAAAUUUCGGCGUUGGCGCGAAAAAGAACCUUCCUCGUGUGCAUGGGAUAAGAAAAAUAUUGAACUAUAUCAAGAAGCUUUAGUCUUGGGCCUAGACUUCAAGCUUAAAAGCAAGAAACAGCCCUUUCGUGCCCAAUCCAAGCAACAUAGCUACUGCUACUCCUACAACAAUCUUUAUGUUUACUUUGAUGUUGUCUUUUGAUAGGUAUUUUUAGUUCAAGCAUGCGCACUUGAUUUUUAUGCAUAUUAGCUAGUCGGCGCAUGCGCAUUCAUAGUCCCUUAUGUAAACAUCCACAAUAUUUUUACUGUCUGCCACCACCCUCCCCUCCACCUUCAUUUCAUUUUUACAACCAAUUGGGCAGAUGAACACCCCAUAUCACUGCUUUGUUUAGGACAUACUUUAUAUCUAGUCCUUCCAAUGGCCAAAACUUUGUUGCAUAAUAUUUUUACUAGUCCGUACAUUUCCCAGGAUACAACUGGGUGAUAGUUUUGUAAUGUUUUUGUAUGUAUAUAUAUAUGUUUUUGAUUUAUUGUCAUUUAUUGAAGGAGUGUUGUAUUUUGUACCUGUCGCAACACAUCACAUGUUCUUGAUUUUGGUGUAAUAUUCUUUUUGCGACUUUUUACAUGGUUUUAUGUUUUAUGCAGCUCUUAUGCUUUGUGCUCCUUAAUAAAUGACCAUUUUUAUUCUUUA